CUGUAGCUCACUGAGUGAAAGCAUUUCUGCAGCUUCACGGGGAUAACUUGCCGAGAUUGAUCAUAACGAUAGGGUAACGCCCAUUCGCAGUGCUUCAGUCAGUGCAUCGUAGCGUGUUAGUUCCACCUCUCAGUAAGUUUCUAGGCCGCGGCGUCGAAAGAGCUAAAUUAGAACUUCAAGUAUUCGAUAUUUUUACGUUAGCUCGCAUUAGAACUUGUCAGCAUCAGAACCGCGAAUCGUGCCGCCACCCUUCAUUUUCCUUAACACGCGCGUCCACCAUGCUCUCGCCUUUCCGCCUCGGCCGUGGCGGGCGGCUGGCCGUUCUCCUGGCGUGCGUGGCGGUGUGGCUGUCAGCGCUGUCGCGCGUGCGCGCGGCGGACACGUUUUUCUGCCAGGAGCUGGUGAAGGAGACGGUGGGCGCGUGCCCCGACGUGCAGACGAGCAACACCUUCAUGGCCGAGUUCUUCCAGGGCACGUGGUACGAGAUCGGGUCGACGGCGGAGUCGAAGCUGGAGGUGAGCGGCGAGCUGGGCAUGUCGUGCGUCACCUACAACUUCGUCUUCAAGGGCAUCAACCGCAACCUCAACAGGUUCAGCGUGGUGAAGCGCGGUAUCCGCCUGACCACCCCCGCGCGCCAGACGCAAAUCCAGGGCAUAUCCAAGUCCGCACUCGCCGUGCGCGACCACCUGCGCUCAGCCUGCGCCGCCAUCGCGCGCCCCCCCGCGCAGGGCAGUUCCGCCACGCUGCAAGUGAGCAACGCGCAGCAGACGCUAUCGUGGGCGGAGCUCCCGAACGACGUGGAGUCGGACGUGACGGUGGCGCUGCAAGACAUCACCGACUCCAUGGCGCAGGUCUCCGCGCGCGCGGAGCGCGCGUAUAAUCUGUUAGCCCGGAUCCAGCAGGUGAACGCGCAGCUGAGCCAGAUGGACCGCGCGUUCUUCCUGUGGCAGACGAAGCAGAAGCUGGUGCGCGCCGUGCAGCAGCUGCAGCGCGAAGCCACGGCCAUCAACAAGGCGCGCGUGAGCAUCAUGAAGUCGGCGCAGAUCGCCACCAAGCGCGUCAACAAGGUCGAGAACAAGCUCGGCAACCUGCGCGGCAAGCAGACGCUGCUGCUCAAUCUGAACGACAUCAUCGGACUGACGCGCAACGUGAGCGGGUUCGGGCGCGCAACGGGCCGCAUGGGCGCGGCGACGGCGUCGAUGCGGCCGAUGGCGGGGCUCAUGUUCGCCAACCCGCUCGCCAUGCGCUUCUCCUACUCCGCCAUCGGCGCCGUCACACAAGUCGAAGCCUCGCAGGUGGGCAAGAUGCAGGUGACGUACGGCAACGGGCAGGGCGUGGUGGAGAACAUGUGGGUGGCGGGGCUGUGGGGCAACCAGGCCAUGUCCAACGCAUACAGCAUGGCGCUCAUCUACUCGUGCUUCGUGCCGCCGGCUAACGUGGGCUCGGGGAGAACAAGCCAGAUAUCUUUUCGCAUUCUAUCCCGCACGCCGUCUGUUUCUCAAGCGGACGUUGACUCGGCGUUGCAAUUGUUGGAGCAGCAGGGCGUUCCAAUGGGUGGACCGAACCCUUACGUUCCAACUUUUCAAGUGAAGAACCAAUGUAUCGCCAGCUGGCGAGGUAGAAGCUGAUGUGAAAGAGAGAGCUAACUGCAUAACCAACAACGUACCACAUCUUAUACCAAGGUUGUGGUUCGCUUCGCCACCCUAUUCUUUGAGCUAUACAAGAGAGAGAUGCUUGAAACCUCUCACUGAGGUGAAAAUUGCGAAGCUCCUACCGGUAUGCUAGUACAUUAUUUGUGAGAUUUUAUAGGUAUUUAACUAGCGGUUGUAAAUUGUCACUAUUUUCAUAUGUUCCAUUGGUAAU